GGGAGAAUGGCCAUGCGCACAGAGCAGGCUCGGCGGAUCCCGCAAGCGACCCACAUUCCCACAGCGACAGGAUCGCCGUUUGAGGGCGGAGGGCUUUCCGCGAGACUGGGUCUGGCCAUCACUCGAUCACGUUGAUCUGGCCACCUUCCAUCGAGCGGUCUAUUCUUCACGCGCACACAAACUCUGGGCCGCCGGAUCGCUCCUCCUUUGAGCAGCGAAAAUCUUCUCCGUCACCCUCAUCUCCAUCGACAUCGUCAGCACUUCGACCCAUACUCAGCCGCCGAGGCGCACGCUGCUCCCAUCCGAUGAAUACCAAGUUUCGAAUAAACUCGAUGAACCUGAGGGACGCCGACACCGGCAAGCUCGUUUGGGACUCUGGCGACUGGGCUGCGUUGCAAGCCAAUGCUCAGGGCAUCGUUGAAGCACAUGUCCCAAAAUCGGUGCUGAAAUGCAAGGCCGUGGCAAGGGAGCUGGAUUUCACAAGCGAGGAUCUUAUCGAUCAGCUCAGAGUCGAGCAGCGCGUGCUUGUCCACGGCGACAGCGUUGAGGAUUGGAACUUUUCCUUUGGAUUUGUUAUUCCGGGAUCGACCAACACCUGGCAGACGGUCCUGAGUGCCGCCGAGGAGAGUGAGAUGAUUCCGGCUGAGAUCCUCAGCGGAAACACGAUCAUCGAGACGGCGUUUUUUGAUGGCGAUAAGGCGAUAUGCCGGCUGAGUGUCCGGGUUUACUACGAAUGAGAGAGACGACACCCACACUCAGCCCACGGCCGUCAUUCAGAGAUCCACAAGUCCUGUUGCCCCCCCCCCAUAUUACCCGCUCACCACCAGUCGCUCGGUCCAUUUCAGCGCGAUACCAGGUACAGCAAAUACAGAGACCUAUUGAUUUCAUCCAAA